CUACAGGUUCCUCCUGAGUACGUGGGAAAAUCAGGCGUCCACCUGAAGCGGGAAUUCUUCCUGGCCAACGCCUCGCGCGCCCGCUCCGAGCAGUUCAUCAACCUGCGGGAGGUGAGCACCCGUUUUCGGCUGCCGCCAGGGGAGUACAUCGUGGUGCCCUCCACCUUCGAACCCAACAAGGAAGGAGACUUCGUCCUUCGCGUCUUCUCCGAGAAAAAAGCCGGCACCGAGGAAAUGGACGACAAGAUCCAAGCGACGCUGCCGGAUGAGAAAGUGCUGUCGGAAAGCCAGAUCGAUGAGAACUUCAAGCAGCUCUUCAAGCAGUUGGCGGGGGCGGAUAUGGAGAUCAGCGUGAAGGAGCUGCAGACCAUCCUCAACCGCAUCAUGGGCAAAC